AUGCCUCAAUACAAGCCAGAAUCCAAACAGGAAAUGAAGAUCACUAAAGGACUACCUCGGGCAUACGAUUGUUCUCAUUCAAAACAUGGUUGCUGUUGGGAUGGUCGCACUCCUGCAUUUGGACCUGCCGGGAAAGGAUGUCCACGUAUGUAUUAUACGAUUGUUUUUAUGAACUGGAGGUUUUUGAUGUGUAAUAGACCUAUUAGACUAAUAUUUAUCCUCGUCACCAUCGAAUAGACUUAUCUGAAGAAGUUAAUUGUGUGGCAACAAGUUGUUUUUUAUAAUUGCAGAAUGUCGAGAUGUUUACAAGGAUUUCUGUAAAAGAACGAAGAAGCUUUGCGAUUGUCCUAUGGUUGCCGACUACUGUAGGAUAACGUGUAAAUUGUGCAGUAAGUAUCUUAAAUCGGUUCUCCUUCUCCACAAAAACUAGACAAGUAAGUUUGUACACUAUUAAAUCUUCAUUUUAGGUACUGGCAAAAAGAGAAGAGGAACUUGUCAAUCGUCGACGUACAAUUGUUGUUGGGAUGGAAAAACAUCAGCCAAGGGAGCGAAAGGUGAAGGAUGCCCAAGUAAGCAGAUGAUUGACGAGAAUUUGAGAGCUUGUAGCUCAAUGUGUUGUUUAUGAGAAGGUUACGUGGUUCCAUUCCUGUCAGGGUUCAGAAUGUUUUUCUGAGAUCGACGAAUAUUUUACGUAUAAUCAUACUGAUCGAUUAUGUUAUAUAUAAUCCCAAUUAUUGAUGUUAUAUAUGAUUACAAAAAGCAAUGAAAAUAUAUCGAUGAUUCUAUUAGAUAUAAUAAUCGAUUACUCAUAUUAGAUAUAAGACAUAAUCACUAUAUAUGAUAUACAUAUAAUCACAGUUAUUGCGAUGAUUUAACAUAGAAUCAUAAAGUUUGAUUUAAUCACAAAUAUCGAUAAUCAUAAUAUAAUUAACAAAUAUAACAAUUUCGAGUUUUCCCAAUUUCCAAGAGUGUUGAUACUGAACUGUAUAUCAAUACGGAAAAAAUGUUUUAUAUUUUUUUUUAUAAUAUAGCACGAAGAAAUAUAAAGAAAGAAAUUUUCCGCGUGUUGACAUUGAGUUAUAUCAACACGGCUCUUAGCCAAUCAGCGUUCAGAAUUUACAAAUCCUAUAUUAUAAAUAAUGAUCUAAAUACUUUUCAGAAAUAAAGGAUGAUCCGAUUGCCAAGUGUUCAAAGUUUGAAUCAGAAUGCCUGCGAAAUCCCUACUACAUGUGGACAAAAUGUAGAGACACGUGUCUAAAAAAUCUACCUCCGAUCGAGCCGUUCCUUCAAGGACUGGGGCCAGUCAGCGACCUUGGGAUACCUCCAUCUGCAUGCGGGCAACCGUUUCCCGGCAUACCACCUGGGCAGAGUGCUCCCGGAACUUUGUACCCAUACCCGGGUAUGCCUCAUGGGCUGAAUGGCAGCACCAUGGGAAAGAAAACUUCAAGAAAGAACAUUAAAUUAUUAGAAAAAAAGCAUCGAGGAAGUAAUUAUAAAUCUUGA